GGACCGGCAGCGAAAAAAGAAAUGGACCAGUGCCGUACCUAAACACACAAAGAGGACUCUGUGAACACCGGCCGAGUCCCCGGCAGCGACGUCUUUGCCUGCUCCCAUUUUGUGUAGGUUAUGUCAAACUAGUCUAUGAAGUAUGUACAGUACCACCGCUUGGCUCCGCUUGGAGCUAAAACUCGGUUUGGAGUUUGACCGGAAGGAUAACUUGUCACUGCGCGGCGGACGCCAGCUUGCAAGUCUGACAAUCUUACCGCUCUUACCGACUUCACAGACUUCACUAUCCCCACAUUCCUUGCCCAGACGCCGUGCUCCUGCAAUCUUAGCUCUCCCCUCGAUCGACCAACAAGAAACCCACCAAUGGCCCUCCUCCUCACGCCCUCAGAAAACUUCGGCCAAGUCGAACGCGGCAUCUACCGCUCCGCCCCCAUCCACCCCGCCCACUUCCCUUACCUCCGCACCCUCGGCCUCAAAACCCUUCUCACGCUGUCCCCGGAACCCAUCCCCUCCUCCAUCCAGACCUUCUGCGACGAUAGAGGUAUCAAGACAGUCCCACUAGGCCACCAAACAUGGCGACCAAACCGCAGCUGGCGUCCCGUAAGCGAGGAGAUGAUAAAGGAAGGCCUAGAAACGCUGCUGAACAGUGAGAAUCACCCGGUCUUGGUGACGUGCCUGACGGGGCUGCACGACACGGGAACGCUGAUAGGCUGUCUGCGCAAACUGCAGGGGUGGAAUUUCAACACCAUCAUUGUUGAGUAUCGGAGCUAUACGGGCGGGCAAGGGCGGUAUGGGAACGAGCAGUUUAUUGAGCUGUUUGAUAUGGACCUUGUGACGCUGCCGAGGUCGUUGCCGGCUUGGUUUACGUUUCAUCAGAGUUUGCUGGAGGAGGAGGAGCAGAAAUUGCUGACGGAUGGGCCAGGGUGAGGAUUGCCCGGGGAGAUGUAAACGUAUCCGACUCUUGCAUGAAGAGGUAUAUGCACACGUGCCGGACGGACGUUGCUGAGACACCACGUCCCAUUCAGC